AUGAAAUACGCCAAAAUAUCAAAUUAAGUUAGAUAGGCCUUCAUAAAAAGGGUAUCUGAAAAGAAAUGUACAAUUAGACAAGCAGCAAAGCAAUUUGGAAUCAAAUUUUCUACAGCCAAAGCUAUUUUAUCGAUUUACAGACACGAGGGCAGGAUAGGAAAAAAACAAAGAAGACAAAGAAAACUAUUGAACAAUACUAAUUCUGAAAGGGAAACACAAAAUUCUUUAAAAGAGGAACAUACGGAACCCAAAAAAGAAUUUAAAUUGGACCAAGCCCCUCAGAACACUCCUAACGACGGUCAAACUACACAACCCCUACUGUAAUUUAAUUAUGACUCGACUUACUUGCAACAUUUUUGGAUGAUGACUUACAUGAAUCAACACUUACAAUACCAAAAUUUUUAAAGAUUUAUUGGAUAUUGA